AUGUGGUUUGGUAUUUAGCCGUCAGGUGCCAACAUGAUGAAAAGGUUGAAAGGUAUUUAACAGCUCAAAAAGUUCUGGUUUUUGACAGAAAAUAAAACCAACCCUGAUUUUCAGAAAAAAUGAUUCCUGUAACUGAAUUUCGUCAGUUUUCUGAGCAGCAGCCAGCAUUCAGGGUCCUGAAGCCAUGGUGGGAUGUGUUUACAGACUAUCUCUCGGUAGCCAUGCUGAUGAUUGGUGUGUUUGGAUGUACGUUACAGGUCAUGCAAGACAAGAUAAUAUGCCUUCCAAAGAGAGUACAGCCUUGGCAGAAUGACUCUUACAGUCCUAAUGUAUCCACUACAGUCCCCAAUACAACCCUAUUUCCUCCACCUAAACCAUCCACUCCUCCUGCCACUGUUGAAAUGAAGGGACUUAAGACAGACUUAGACCUUCAGCAAUAUAGCUUUAUAAACCAAAUGUGCUAUGAACGUGCCCUGCAUUGGUAUGCAAAGUAUUUCCCUUACCUUGUCCUUAUACAUACUCUGGUGUUCAUGCUGUGUAGUAACUUCUGGUUCAAAUUCCCUGGAUCAAGCUCAAAAAUUGAACACUUCAUUUCAAUACUGGGGAAAUGUUUUGACUCUCCCUGGACAACAAGGGCCUUAUCUGAAGUGUCUGGAGAAGACUCUGAAGAAAAAGAUAACAGGAAGAACAAUAUAAGCAGGUCAAAUACUAUCCAACCUAGCACGGAAGGCACUUUGGUCAAAACUCAGUCCUUGAAAUCAAUACCGGAAAAGUUAGUUGUGGAUAAGGGGACAGUAGGGGCUCUGGAUAAAAAAGAAGGAGAACAGGCAAAAGCAUUGUUUGAAAAGGUGAAGAAAUUUCGACUGCAUGUUGAGGAAGGUGAUCUGCUCUAUGCUAUGUAUGUUCGCCAGACUGUACUUAAAGUUAUUAAAUUUCUUAUCAUUAUUGCUUACAACAGUGCAUUGGUUUCAGAAGUUCAGUUUACAGUAGACUGUAAUGUUGACAUACAGGACAUGACAGGCUAUAAGAAUUUUUCCUGUAAUCAUACUAUGGCACAUCUUUUCUCCAAACUUUCCUUCUGCUACCUGUGCUUCGUAAGCAUCUAUGGACUAACGUGCCUUUACACUUUAUAUUGGCUCUUCUAUCGUUCAUUGAAGGAAUAUUCCUUUGAAUAUGUUCGCCAGGAGACUGGGAUUGAUGAUAUCCCAGAUGUUAAAAAUGACUUUGCUUUUAUGCUUCACAUGAUAGAUCAGUAUGACCCUCUUUAUUCAAAGAGAUUUGCUGUGUUCCUGUCUGAAGUCAGUGAAAACAAACUGAAACAGCUGAACUUAAACAACGAGUGGACGGCAGAUAAAUUGAGGCAGAGGCUACAAACAAAUGUCCAUAACCAUUUGGAACUGCAGCUUUUUAUGCUCUCAGGACUUCCAGACACAGUUUUUGAAAUUACAGAGCUUCAGUCUCUAAAGCUUGAAAUCAUUAAUAAUGUUAUGAUACCAGCGACUAUUGCGCAGCUGGACAAUCUCCAAGAGCUCUCCUUACACCAGUGUUCUGUGAAGAUCCACAGUGCUGCACUGGCAUUUCUGAAGGAGAAUCUCAAGAUCUUGAGUGUCAAGUUUGAUGACAUCAGAGAGCUUCCGCCUUGGAUGUAUGGACUCCGAAAUUUGGAAGAGCUCUACUUAAUUGGCUCUCUGAGUCAUGAUAUUUCCAAAAACAUUACUCUUGAGUCUUUUCGGGACCUUAAAAGCCUUAAAAUUCUUUACAUUAAAAGCAAUGUGUCCAAAAUCCCACAAUCUGCAGUUGAUGUUUCAAGUCACCUUCAAAAACUGUGCAUCUAUAAUGAUGGCACCAAGUUAGUGAUGUUCAAUAACCUGAAGAAAAUGGUUAACUUGACUGAGUUAGAGUUGGUUCAUUGUGAUUUGGAGCGCAUACCUCAUGCUGUUUUUAGCCUUCUCAGUUUGCAGGAGUUAGAUUUAAAGGAAAACAACCUCAAAUCAAUUGAAGAAAUAGUCAGUUUUCAACAUCUGAGAAAACUUACAAUCUUAAAGCUGUGGUAUAACAGUAUAACCUAUAUCCCAGAGCAUAUAAAGAAGCUUACUAGCCUGGAACGUCUUUCCUUUAGUCAUAACAAAAUAGAGGUUCUUCCAUCCCACCUAUUCCUAUGCAACAAAAUUAGAUACUUAGAUUUGUCUUACAACGACAUUCGAUUUAUUCCACCAGAAAUAGGAGUGCUGCAAAGUUUACAGUAUUUUUCCAUCACUUGUAACAAAGUAGAGAGUGUGCCAGAUGAACUGUACUUUUGCAAAAAACUCAAGACUCUGAAAAUUGGGAAAAAUAACUUGUCAGUCCUUUCACCUAAAAUUGGUAAUUUAGUAUUCCUCUCCUACUUGGAUAUUAAAGGCAAUCACUUUGAAAUUCUCCCACCUGAACUUGGUGAAUGUAGGGCUUUGAAGCGAAUUGGCUUGAUUGUAGAGGACACCUUGUUUGAAACUUUGCCUUCUGAUGUCAGGGAGCAAAUGAAAGCUGAAUAAUUUACUGGCUUUUCCUCAAAGUUACAGAAACGUGCUUCUACCAAAUACAGUAACUAAAUGAUGGCCUAGUUUGAUCAUGCAUUUACUUUUGUGUUUAUUUUAUUUUUUCCUUUUGUCCUUUUGACACAAAAUUAUCUGUACAAACAAAUAUGGAGUAAGAAGUAUGUAUAUUUUUUAAUAAAAUGUUCUUGUAUUUUUUCACUGUUUUAAAAUAUUUUUAAGUUUGUCUUGCCCUGAUGACAAGGGCAAUACUGUAAUAUUGUUUUGUACUGGCUAAAGCAAAUGGUUUUAUCAGCUGUUUUUUAAUUUUGGCUAGAAUCAAUUGGGGCAGGGGGCACUGCAAGCUGCAUGCCUUGGGUUGUAUACGUUUUAAUAGAUGAACAUAAUGUCUCCUUCAUCACUGUCAAUCUCUGAAGAGGUUCUCUUUAGGGGGCUGAUUGCAUAUGGUGUGCACCCUCAAUCCUUAGUGGGAGCUCAAUAAGUCUAUUUAAAAAAUCUCCAUCCAGAUGUGUAUAUUCUGCAAAGAUUAAUAUAUACAUACUGUUCUACCAUGGUCAUAAAGCUCCAUGCAUCUAUUCCCCAACCAAGGUCCAGUUCUACAAGAUAAGUGCUCCUGACUCCUACUAAGUUCAUUUUCCCCAAGGGUACUUUCAGUCUUGUAGGACUGGAAUUCUAGAGAACUGCAAGUCUGUGAAACUUUGGACAAGAGAACAAAAUUGUAUUUUGGCAGCUAAUAUGUACAGUACUUGAGCUUGGUUGCAUGUUACCAGGCCUGGUAGAGGAACAUUUACAUAUCUCCAGAAACCAAAUUAAAUUAAAAAAAAUAAUCAAAUAUUACCAUUUCAGAAGUCUCAAUAUAGCAGGGCAUAGUGAUGACAGUGAGUUUGUUUUAAUCUUCUACCUAAUAAUUAGAUUGGAAAUUAUAUGAUUGGAAGUCUGUUUGUUUAAAAUAAUGUAAUGAACCAUAAUACACUUACAUGACUGUGCAUCAAGCUGGAAAUUAUAUCAGCUAAUCUAUGUUAAAUUAUUUUGUUGACUACUCCUGUCAUUUCUUUUCUUCUAAGGAAGCUUGGCAGGUAUUACCCAUUUUAAUGCUGUGUGCUACUCAAAAGCUAAUUUUUGCUUAAUUAAUAAAAAUAAUCAUUUUUAUAAUAAACUAUUCCCUGGAGGUCUCCUCAUCCACUGUACAGUGUAUUUAAAUCAUAAUGCAGGCACCGGUUAAUUGCCUGGUGUGGAUAGCUAGAAAUAAGCCCUUCCUUAUGCAGGUGGUAACGCUAUUUAUAAAAUUGCAGGGUCUUGGUUGCUAAUUGUUAAAAGGUACAUGAAACAGUAGCUAGGUGAUUGUCAGGGUGAUUGCUUUUAGAUUUUUCAUUACUGCCAGCAUUGGUUUUCUGUCGUGAACUGCCACUAAUCUAAGUUUGGGGUCUUGGUGCAAAAGCAUGUUGUUGCUUUAUGUGUCUGAUAAAAUGGGAUGGUGAGAUGGGAUAAAUAUGAUUUUUCUCAUGAAUCCAAAGUGUACUAUGUAGUCCAGUUAGUGGACUCACUGUAGUGCUAAAGUCAGACUUAACUUCUGCUUCUUGGGAAUAUUCUGGAGAAGAUCCAUGAUCCAUAAGAUUAAUUGGAGAUGGGUCAGGCAUGAAGGAAUCAAAACAAGCUUCUUUAAAGGGGUUUAUUUUUUGUUCAGUAUUCUAAUAUUGAUAUGGCUAUUGCAAAAGCUCGUACUCAUAUAUGGAAUGCACUUAUAGGAACUGCUUGGCAGUAUAUGUAUGCUAAAUGUGCUUCAGUUUGAUGUAAUGUGGGGGAGAGAAAUGUUUCAUUGCUCAUUUUAACUUAAUUAUGUAAACCAAGUGCUGUAUUUCCUGAUGAAUGUAAACUGUAUAAAAUGUCCAAGUAAUCAGUGAAAUCUGUAUAGUAAAAUCUUACUUAGAUUUGAAAUUGGGGAUUAUAUUUAGGGUUUUGGGGGGGAAAAUCUUUAAAAUGUCUAUGAUUCUAGACGCAGUGUUUCAAAAACAUAACUUAUUAUGUGUCUUAUGUUGUUUCCCUUGAAUUUUGUGACAUGUUUUCUGAAUUGAAAUUGUGCACCCUCUCACCUAAAUCUAAGGUGAGGUCUGCACUGUUCUUUUGCUGAUAUAACAUGUCAAUUAAGGGCAUGAUUUUUUUAACUGAUUAUAGUUAGUGCAAACUUUGUAUGGACCCAGUUGUACGGGUAUAGAAGCACCUAAUACUGGUGUACCUUGUUCCUAUUCCAGCACAGGAAUGAGGUAUUUUGGCAUUGGGCAAUUUAUACAGAUAUAACUGUAUCCACACUAAGAGAGUUGUACUGUUUUAACUAUACUGGUAUUGUUAAGUGGCACAAUUUUUGUGUAAGGUAAGUCCUUAGGGUCACAGUGAAUGAUAAAAUAUCAAAUUAUUGUUAUGAAACAAACUCAGGUAAAUGCACUGUUGACUUUUUCUAUACUUAAUAUCUAGUCUGUAGAGUGUGUUUUUAAAACUGUAUUACAGUAUUCUAGUAAUGCUCUAUCUAAGUACAGAUUGUUUCCUAGUACUAUUUGAAAUCCAGGAAAGAUUGCAUAUGUAAAAGUGCCAUAUUUACUCAGUGAUUCAUUUACUCCUCAUAUGUAUAUUUACCUGCAACUACACUAGAAAAACUUUCUGUGAACUAUAAUAGAAUGAAUUGACUUUUUUGAUAAUAUUAUAGGCAUGGGCAUAUGUAAUUAUUUAUAUUAAACAGGUGCCUAACAACUAAUAAAAUCCCAGCAUUUAAGCAAAACAUUUCUAUAUCAUUAAACAAACAAAAAAGAAAAUCAUUCUUUGUAAUGUAAACAAAUGACCAAUUGUGGGUCAAAUAUAAGAAAACUGCCUUGAAAAUUGUUCUGCUCCUGAAAAACAGAUAUGCUAUAUGAUCAGAAUCUUAAUAUGUUUGUAUCUCCCUUUGUGGCAACAAAUAUUAAUAUUUGUAUUGAACUGUUGUAUCUAGCCAGUCUGGCUAACUCAUGCAUAUUCAUAUGGGAGAGUAUGUAUUUUCUCUCGUAUGACACAUUUCUGGCAUUUCCAUUAAUGCACAUGGCGAUGUGAUGACAAGAUCUGAAAGACUGUAAAAAAAAAAAAAAAAAAAGCUUUGAAAUUAAGUCAAAUGGACAAGCAUAUUAAUCCAAUAGCAAGAAAUUUGAUAUGAUAAUAUACUUGCCUGGUGUUAUUGCAGUACAGAACACACAGGAAAAAAAAAUUCUUUUGUAAAUUGAAACACUGAAAGACUACAAAGUAGUCAUUUGUUUGGGAAACAUUUUUCUUUUUUUAAUCAUAACCAUUGCUUUGAUGUAAGCAUUUUGGGGACAGUGGAAGGAGUAGGCUUUGAAAUAUGUCAACAGACUGUAAGGAUUCCCAGUCUGACCUCUCUAACAGACAAUAGAAAUUUUUCCAGUAAUUCCUGCAGCCAGCCCAGUAAUCUGUAUCAGGGUAUAUAUAGUGGCCUUUUUCAUUAGUCAUAUUUCUAUAUCCUGUUUUCUUGUGUUCUGACUGAAUUCUAGGCAGCACACAAUUGCCCUUCUUCUCCCCCCC